UGUAUACACCAGUAUAAUUAGCACGUCAUUGCCUGGAUGCCAGUCGCCCGCAACCUAAGCAGUGUAAGGUGGAAGCUACAGCGCCAGCAGCAGUACUACGAGUAGCAGCAGCAGCAACAACAUUAGGAGCAGCAGCACCCGUAGUAGCAGCAGCAGCACCAGCACCAUCAGCACCCGCAGGACCAGCAGCACUCGCCAUGGAAGCAGCAGCAGCAGCAGCAAUGUUGUCCGACUACAUCAGCAUGUCGGACUACACCAGCGCGUUCCCCCAAGCGAUGGGUGGCUUUGAUGAGAAUGUAUUCACGACGCCAGUAGACCAACAUUUCCUAUGCUCGAUCUGCCAAAUGGUCUUGCGCAACCCCAUGCUCUUGGUUGCGUGUGGACACCUUUUCUGCCAUCAAUGCAUCGUGGAAGCACUGGAGAGGAGCGAAAUAUGCCCGCUAGACAGAACGCCAGUAUCGUUGCAGGCUCCAGGAGCGUUAGUACCCAAUCGCGCCAUGAAGCGAAUUGUUGGCAGAUUUGAAGUGUUCUGUGAGAAGAGGGAGCGCGGCUGCACGUGGACAGGCACCUUAGAUUCGUAUGAUUCACACACCAAGGUCUGUCCUAAAGUGAUCGUCAACUGCCCGUUCCAGUAUGCCGGAACUGGGUGCGACUACGAAUGUAUGCCAGAUGAAAUGGAACAGCAUUGUCGGCAGCAGAGUGAUCAGCAUAACGUGUUGAUGGCACGAAGCAUGGAUAUGCUUUCCAGUACCUUGUGGCAGGUUGCCACACGCCCUGCGGAACAUCGCCAAACCGUUCACACAGAGGUGUUUGGCCAAAUCGCCGAUCGUCUUCGCGGUGGCCAUACAUUUUAUGGCGAAGCCUUCUACAGCGGUCCAUGCGACAGUGGGUAUCGGCUGCGCAUGAAGAUAGUGCCAAAUCAACGCAAACUUGGCUUGUAUUAUUCCCUAGUUAAGGGCAAGAACGAUGAGCUGUUAGAUUGGCCAUUCCGUCACACUGUGAUUUUCCAGUGUCUGCACAGCACGAAGAAUCGUGUGGUCGUGCAGAUGACAGUGCCACCACCGCGCGACGAGGACGAGGCUUGGAGUCGCCCAUGUACCGGCCAGCCGAGCGACACCAAUCACGGCUGGGGAUUUCAAGACAUCCUGUCCCGCUCCAAGCAGCGGCAUGCGGGCGUGUUACGGUCCGACAGGCUGCGGAUAAGAUAUAUCGUGCUGUGGGAGCUGUGUCCUGCACCCGGGGCUGCUUAGAGAUGUAUGUAUAUGUAUGUGCACACACUGUAUGUAUGGAUGCAUUCAUUCUUUACAUCACUAUUUACAUGUAUUUUACAUCACUAUAUGUAUGUUGCAUCACUAUAUAAUAUUAUGUACAUGUAUGUUUUUUAUGCUUCACCACCACCAUUUCACUGCACAAUGACGAGCGGCUAGAAUGGCCGGCCGUUUCGUCGCCCUGUCUAGUCCACCCCAUGUGUUGGGGAUGAGAACAUUUGUAAAGUCUGG